CUGCACUAAACAUAUCGACUGGUAAGACAUUUCUCCUGAAGAUAUCAUCUCCAAUAUCGAGCCCUUUUUAACCAUCUUAUCAGAAUCUGCCCUAUAUAACCGACAUGAUCAUAAAUAUCUUGCACGCCAAGUGUGUAAAAGUGAAGAUUUUUGUGCUUCAAAAACGUUUUUGAUAUUAUUCUGCUGCUAUUAGAGAUUUCAUAAAAAUGGCCCGGGUACCAGAUGAAGAAUUAAAAAAAGCAUUCGCCGAACUCCAGGAGAAAAUGGUCGACACAACCCAGAAACUAAGACUAGCUGACAUUCAGAUUGAGAGUCUCAAGCGUAUGAAGCAACAUGCUGAAUUGACGAUCAAGGAAAUAGUGACUCUCCCCAAUACCACGAAGACGUAUGAAUCAGUGGGGAGAAUGUUUCUCCUCGACGAUAUCGACAGUAUUAAGAAGGGAUUGCAAAGCAGGAUGAAGAAUGCUGAUGAGAAAAUCACAACGUUAGAGAAUAAUAAAACUUAUCUGGAGCGGGAUCUCAAGGAGAGCAAAAAUAAUCUGAGGGAGAUGGUACAGCAGAGACAGAAUAAAGAGGUCUCGGGGUAAGAGGAGAGGUUAGCUAUCAAUUGUGUGGCUGUGCUGUACCCAUAAAAGGAGAUUGCUCUCAUGUCAUCAAUGUCUCUGCAUUCAAUCACCAAUAACUAGAGAUUGACAGAGUGAAAUUCCAAUUUUUUUUUUUUUUUCGUUUUGAAGGUAUUCUUUCAGAGUUUAAAAUGAGCUUGGCUUACUCGUCGAAAUCCCACCAUUUGUUGAGGAGUUAUUGGAAAUUUAAAAAAGACGUUUUAUCUCACUUAUAUGACAUUGAGUAAUCAACAAACUUUUGUAUUAAAUCAAUAAUAAUAAACAUUCACACAUAGUUUUUUAUUUAAA